AUGUCACAUUCGGACUACUUCAAUUAUAAUCCUUAUGAGGAGACCACUGAAAAGACUAACAACUCUAAAGUGAGACAGUCAUCUUCUUCAUCUUCAUCUAGGCUAAGGUCCGAAAGUUUAGGGCGAAAUUCCAAUACCACGCAAGCCCGAGUAGCGUCAUCGCCCAUUAGCCCCGGACUACAUACAACUCAGUAUUUCAGAUCGCCGAAUGCUGUUUAUAGUCCCGGAGAGUCCCCAUUGAACACUGUGCAGCUAUUUAAUCGCCUUCCAGGCAUACCGCAAGGUCAGUUUUUUCAUCAAAAUGUUAUAUCAGGGUCUUCUAGCUCAUCGGCAAGAUCGAGUAGGCGCCCCUCCAAUAUUGGUCUUCCCCUAACGAAGAAUACUCAACAGUCUUUACCUAAACUAUCCACCCAGCCAAUUUCUGUGCAUAAAAAAGUUGAAGCUAGUAAACCGGAAGGUGAAAUUGUCAAGAAACCUUCUCACAUGAAUUGUAGUAGUCAAGACCCGUUAUUGAAUACGCCCACGUUAGUGAUAUCGCCGGAACUGGCUUCGCUAAACACAACGAACACGUCAAUCGUAUCAACACCGCAAAACAUAUCGAACCAGAACUCCAACAAACACAUUUCUACGAGAGCACAACCAAACGCUUCUGCAAGUGCUUCCACGUUACAAGAUAUUGUCACAACAAACAGUUCACAACGGUCGGUAGCCCAUCAUGGUGGAAGCACAACGAGCCUCCGAACAUACAAAAAACAAUACGUAUUGAACGAACAGUUAUAUUUGAGGAAAAUGAGAAAUCGUGCUAAUGAUGAUUAUUACACAAGGGGGAUAGUCGCAUCAUCAAACUUUGAAGAUGACGAAGAAACCUUUAGUAACAAAGGUGAAGAUGACUUGGAACUAGAAAUGGACGAUCUUUUAAAAGUUGAAGGUGACGAUAAGGAUAACGACUUUAAUUUUGGAUAUAAUUUCAUCACGUCGAACACGAAAAAUAAUGAAAACGCAGUCUCAAUGAGCUUAAAUUAUUUAAAAGGUAAAUUGGAUUGGUUGAGAGAUGUCAACAGCGAUCAACCACGUGAAAUAGAAGACGAAGAAUGGCAUUCCAUGCUGGGGACCGAGGAUUUGCUGUCAAAACUUUUACAGAAUCCUAUGGUGAACAAUCGAUUUGAAUGGCAAACGAUGUUAUCUAAGGUAUUGAGGGGUGAUAUUGUUAGAAAUGAAAAAACCAAAAUUGCCAAUCAAGGUAAAGGCCCCGGUUUCAAUACGCAGUACUCUGAUGAUAUUUGGAUUGAAUUGAAGGCAUGGAUGAACGGAAGAACUGUAGAGGACCAGAACAAAUCUUUAAGAAUAUUUAGGGAUUCUACCGAUUCUGUAUUUCAAGAAAUCAUGGCCUUUAAGCUGGAAGAUAAUAUGAGUGCCGACGAGGCAGCAGAAACUAUCAAAUCACUGGUAGACAAAUAUUAUCGAGUUUUGAAUCUAUGGCCUAACACUAAAAGAAUGCAUAGUGAAAAGCCUAUUACAAAAACAGAAGUAUUCAGAAAUCGAAUAGAUACUUUAAACAGUUGGCUAAAUUUUAAAUUCAACUUCGACACUAAUAUUGCGUACUUGAAAAAAUGGAUAAUUGGCAAUAAAGAUUUAGAAGGAACCACCGAAAUAGAUAACAGCGACAUAAAUCUGGGUGAUCCUGCAGUAUUUGCCGCUAAUUGCAAACGCUUUGCUGAACAAAUUAUAAAGGAAAAAGAUAUUGAACUGAUAUUUCAAAAGAAAAUCUUCUUUCCAUUAGCGCCAUGGAUUCUGAAAGCCAAAUUUUUCUUCUUGAAAUAUCAAAAAACUUGGAAUGAAUUAAAUUUAUCUUAUUUGGAUCAAGACUUGGAAUUUUUAUUGAUGUUUCCAAUGCGUUUAGUGAAAGAAAUAAUACUAAUUCGUUUAUCUUAUGCGAAGAAAAUACAGAAUCCAACAUUAAUGAUGAUUGAUCAAAUGAUGGACGAUUUUAGUACUUAUAUCAAAUUAGCGGUCCAAAUGAAGUUUACUGUUGCUUCUUAUUGUAAUGACUGGUUUUUUAAAGUGAAAAUUGAUCCUGAGUUUGAUCAUACCGUUGUCGAAGGAUUGGAAUAUUUCUUCUCUAUUUUGGAGCUAAGAAUAUUAUAUAGUGGUAAAAACUCAUUCAAGACUUCUAAAGAACCCGAUAUAUUAUUAAAAUACUGGGAGAUGUUCAGAAACGUCGGCUAUUAUAUUGAUGAUGCCGGCGAGCUGAUUGCCAUCGAAUUUACAAAGUUGACACUAAGGUUAGUUCACAGACUGCAUGCUUACCUGUUAAGACAGCAGAACACUCCGCCAAAGUUAGAGAAUGAAGCUGUUGCUGAAAAAUGGCUAGUGCAAAUAUUCGAAAUACUUGGAUCCAUGAAAAGAAAACUCAAUAGAUUCACAAACAUUUUAACAAAGGCUUUCCAAAACUUUGUUAGAUACAAGGUAGAAGAUCAUAACUACCUGUUAAGGCAACUGAAAGAAACAGGCCAUUUUCUUAUAUAUUCAGGGGGCUAUUUAGAACAAAAUGGUACUUAUUUAAUUGGCAGCCCAGAACUAUUGGGCUGUAAAGAUGAUGAUAUUUUAAGAAUCAUCAAGAAUUCAGACAUCGGCUGUGAUUUAGUGCCUAAACUAGAGAUUAAUAACAGUCUAACGAUUUAUAAUGCUUUGGAUGAUAACUGGAACUCCAAUUCAUCACUGGGCUCAGAUAUUUCGAAUGACGGUACACCAUUUUAUUAUAUCAAGAAUGAUUUGACUAGCCAGCCUAGAUCUUACAACGGCAAUAGAGUUAACCGCGAACCAGAUUUUGACAACACCAAGAGCACAGAGGAGGAGAUUUAUGAAUUGGAAACAAGGCUAAACUCUCUUGGUUAUAUACUGAUACUAACUCCACAAGAACCGUUGCUUUGGGAAGGUGAGAUGUAUAAUCUCUCCGAUAAUAAAACCAUCAAACCAGAAGAUUGCAAACUGAAAGUAGUUCCUAACUCAAUAGAUUUGAUGUGCCAAGGAUCCAGUUAUGCUUUAGAAUACCAAUGUGAUAGGUUCCAACAAAUUUCUGGCAGCUCAGUUUCUUUUUUGGAAAAAAAAUCUUCUUCAGAAACUGUUAAAAACAACUUACAAAGGAUAAAUAAAGCAUACUUUAGAUGCACAUAUAGUGUUUUGAAAAAUUAUACCAAGAUUAUGACCACUUUCAAAAGGGUAAGUCCUGUUAACGAUUUAUUGAAUAACAUUUUCCUUUUUGGGAGGGAUUUUGGUUUGAACUUCCUUAGAAUUAAUGUUGCCAACAAUGAAAAAAGAUCGGUAAUCAUACUUUUAAUGAUGAGAUUGAGUAUCGGAUGGUUGAAGUUCUUAGCUGAAGACUGUGACCCUACAGAUCAAAGGGUAUUUAGGUGGUGUGUCACGUCAAUGGAAUUUGCGAUGCACAUGGUCAGUGGUUGGAAUAUUCUAGCCCUUGACGAAUGCCAAUUCUCUUCUUUGAAGCAAAAAAUUUCCGAAUGCAUGUCAUUACUUAUCUCACAUUUUGACAUAAUUGGUGCACGCUCUAUGGAAGUCGAAAAAAUCAAUCAACAGGCUAGAUCGAAUCUUGAUUUGGAAGACGUGUUCGAUGACGAUAUGAUGCUACAAGUGAAUUCUGAAUUCCGAUUACAAAGUAUAAUCGAAUUGGAAGAAAGAAUCAAGCGGAACCCUCAUCAAACUGGAAAAGUGAUUGAUGAUAGUGACAAGGGCAACAAAUAUCUUGUUUCUUUGGCAUCUUCCAUAUCUAACGUAUCUAUGAGGUGGCAGAAGAGGAAUUUUAUUGGCGGUGGUACUUUUGGAAGAGUUUUUUCUGCUGUUGAUUUAGAUAAUGGUGAGAUUUUAGCGGUCAAGGAAAUUAAUAUUCAAGACAGCAAAGCAAUGCAGAAAAUUUUUCCUUUAAUAAAAGAAGAAAUGAGUGUCUUAGAGAUUUUGAACCAUCCAAAUAUAGUAUCAUACUAUGGUGUUGAAGUUCAUCGUGAUAAGGUCAACAUCUUUAUGGAAUAUUGUGAAGGUGGCUCUUUAGCAGCUCUUUUGGAGCAUGGUCGUAUUGAAGACGAAAUGGUCACUCAAAUCUACACUUUACAAUUAUUAGAAGGUCUUGCAUAUUUGCAUGAAUCCGGCAUUGUUCAUCGUGAUGUUAAACCUGAAAACAUCUUGCUAGAUUUUAAUGGUGUUAUUAAAUAUGUUGAUUUUGGCGCUGCUAAAAAGAUUGCUAAUAAUGGAACUAGAUUAGCAAGUAUGAACAAAAUCGAAAGUGCCGAUGGUGAACAUGAAGAAGAUGCUAACGUUAAUGAUUCAAAGGCCGAAAAAAAUAACGAGAAUGGUCUAUUGGAUAUGAUGGGAACUCCUAUGUAUAUGGCCCCAGAAUCCAUCACUGGGUCUACUACCAAGGGAAAACUUGGGGCGGAUGAUGUUUGGUCAUUAGGCUGUGUUGUAUUAGAAAUGAUUACUGGUAGACGUCCAUGGGCUAACUUAGACAACGAAUGGGCUAUCAUGUAUCAUGUUGCUGCAGGACAUACUCCACAGUUCCCUACUAAGGAUGAAGUAUCCUCUGUUGGUAGGAAAUUUCUGGAAAGAUGUCUCAUUCAAAAUCCUUCCAAGAGAGCCAGUGCGGUUGAACUGUUGAUGGAUCCUUGGAUUGUACAAAUUAGAGAAAUAGCCUUUGGAGAUGAUUCUUCCUCUACUGAUACUGAAGAAAGAGAGGGAAUAAGUUGA